AUGACAAAGUCGGAAGAUGCAAAAGAAGAGCAAGAAUUGGCUCAAACGGAGAAAAGUGCUAUGGCAGACCUUUGUGAUGAAACAGAAACUUUCGGUUCCUUUACUGAUGAGGUACAGAGUUCUGGUUUAUUCAGCUUUUCUGGAGGACGGCAGUCCCGGUCCCUUGCCUCUGGGAGCAAACCGGAGAGUGAAGAGCCGACUACAAGCUUGGAGCAAGGCGACAAACAAUCUGAGCUUUCAGACCUCAAAAAUUAUGAAAAGAAAUUGAGUAUAAAGUUGAUCAACUACCUCAAGAGCAAAGGAACUAACUCUGGACGGUACCAACCAGACGCUGGACUUCAAACAGAAAUUACUCAGGUAUCCGAUGAAGAAUUGAAUGCCCUGCAGUCUUUCUGCACCGUUAAGAUAAACUUAAUCCAUCAUAGAGUGGGCUCUAAAAAGAAGAGCAGCAGACAUAAAAAGCUGCAACUUAGAUUGGAUGGAGAGUCUUCAGAGAAAGAUCCCUUAAACUGUACUGUCCCUGAUGGACUUUUGAACAGAAUCUAUUUUAAAAACAUGAGGACAGUACCAAAACAGGUGACAGCAUCUAAGCAACAUAUUUCUUCUCAGUGUCCUGAUUGUAACAGGAAAAGGGCUGAGCUGGCCCAAUCUGCCUUCUUGAAACAAAAGAAGACUUUACUGGAGUCAGUUCUACUCCAAGAAAAAAUAGAUGAGCAUCUUUACACCAAAGACUUUCUCACCCGUAUUGGAGAAGCACAUCAAGACCUUCCCAGGCUUUCAGAUGACCCCAGAAUAAUUUGGAAAAGACUGAAUGAGAAAAGUCAUAUCAGAUACUCUGGUUUUGAAAGGUCAGAUACAGAGCAGAAGAUUUAGCAAGAUGGAAAUAAUGCUUGUUGUUCACCUUUUUCUCUACCACUUCUCAAGCCACUUACCCUAAUCAAACAGAUGGCGAUUAUCAAAGAUAUUAUAAUAUGUAAUGUG